AUGUUGGUUAAUGAUGUAUUGAUCAUGAUAUUUGAAUAUCUUUAUGAUAUCGAUGUCUCUCUUUUCAACUGUGUCUUGGUAUCUUGGGAUUGGGCAAAUCUCGCGAUUCCGAUUCUCUGGCGAGAUCCGUUCAAAUAUUAUGAUAAUAAUAAUAAUUCUUUGAGAAAAGUUGUCUGCCAUAAUUUAGAUGUAAAAGAUUAUUUCUACAAAAGUGAUAUUCCAAUAAAGGAAUAUUCCGUUCUUCUCUUCCCCUAUCUUGAAUACAUGAAAAAAGUAAACACGUAUCAUAUAGAAAAAGUAUUUAAAGAUUCUGUAUAUAAUAUUUAUACUAUGAUACAUGCUAUUAUUGGAUUUUUAUUUGUUACAUCAGAAAUCAUUAAUGAUAUCACGAUCGAUUGUUGUUUUCAUAAUAUCGAAGAUUUAAAUAAAUACAUGAAAAAUCAUUGUGUUCAUCUAAGGUUGUAUAAUGGAUGUUUGGAAUUAAACGAACUCGAAAAUCUUGAUAAUCUGAAAAGUUUAAGCUUGACGAGAAUAUCCUUUGAAGAUAAUUUUAUCUUUUUGAUGAAAAAACUUGAAAAUAUGGUAAAUCUCGAAUUGAUAAAUAUUCAUAAUAAGCAAUUAUUAUAUGAUAUCAUCAAAUUACAGAAUAUUAAAUUUCUCACAUUGAAUAAUUCUAUUCAUGACGUUGAUAAAUUUAUACUCAUCAUGAAAGAAAUGAAAAAUUUAGUUUAUUUGAAAAUAAUUUCUUUUGAUAUUACUGAUGAUGAUAAAAAAAUUUUACUUAACGAAUGUAAAAAAUAUGAAAAUAUAAAAACAUUGAAAUUUGAGAUAAAAAAAUAUGUUUUAUAA